CACCUGGCUGCGCGCUGCUGGUGUGGGCAUGUCUACACGCACGCUGCAACCCGCUCUGCAGGUUAGCUCGGUGAUCCACUCCUCCUGUAGUCAGAAGUCGACUGUGCUCAUGCUGUUAUUCUCCUGCACGCACUUUCUGCGACAGGACUUCUCUCACCAUGAGUAAGUCCGGCACCCUGAAAGUGAAGAACUUGUUCAAACUCAAAUCCCCGGAUAAGGAAAGUAAGGAGCCCAAACGGUCAAACUCGGCCAAGAAGGAUGGAGAAGCGAGCAGCGAGAGACUCAAGUCUGAGACUUUACCUGCGAGCCCCAGACCACUCAGCGCGGAGGACACCCUCACUCUGCCCGGGGAUGUGUUGGCCCCGAAAGAGAAGAAGCCAAAGAAGCUGCUGUCCUUCAGGCUGAAACGGAAGAAAUCCAAACGGAAAGUCGGAGAAGGAGGAGAGAUGUUCUUCCCUGAGACGGAUGAACUGGACAGCUUCCACAGCCUCAGGAGCUAUGACCAGAUGAGCAUUUCCACAGAGUGCAGUUUCCGGACGGAGUCAGACUGGGACCCUCUCUCUGAGUCCACUUCCAUGAUCAGCUUCGACAUGAGUCAGCUGCAGGGCCCCGUUUCUCCCUCCAAAGACUUUAAGAAUUUGGAGGGGAAGAAGGGAAUGUUUAAUGGCUUCAAAAACUUUUUCACCUCCAGAAGAAAGAAGAGCAGCAGCAGCAGGCGGCAUUCAGGCGAUACAAGCACCCCGACGUCCCCAUUGUCCCCGAGUUCACCUCUGUCUGAGCAGGAGGCCGGACUGCAGACUCCAACUCCCUCUCGAAAAGACGGCGACCUAACUGGACCUCAUUAUUCAGAUCCCACGAAAGCAGCAGAGCAUGGCGACACUCUGAGCCAAAGCUCCAGUCCCAGCAUUUCUUCUCUGCGGACGUGUCACCCGUUUGCAGACAGUAACAGCAGCGGCAGGAGCAGCGUAAGAGAGUUUCGUGCAUGCGGGGUCAGCACUGGCAGCGACGAAAGGAAUUCUGGGAAUGUAACUCCCACCAACCUGGACUUCUCUGCUACCACUACAGGCUCAGAAAAGAGCUUUACAGAGUUAGUGGUGGAGGAGGUGAGCAAGAGGCUGCGGGUCAGUUUGGAGGGAGACGUCCUGAGGAGUUUGGAGGAGAAUGCAGCUGACGGAAACACAAUGUCGAAAGUGAAAACCUCUCUUUCAAAGCCAGCUGAAGCUCCCAAAUCACCAAACUUAACCUCCAUAAGUUUGGCAUCAAGGAAGUCAUCAGUGACAGUGGGAGAAAAGGGGCACAGCACUACUUUAAGAGGAAUCACUUUAGGCUCUCAGUCGUCCGCCACACAUCUCAUCACCACUCAACAACAGGAAGAAAAAGACUCUGCAGACAAAGCAAAAGGAAAAUCAGAAGACAAGAGGAGAGGUCGGGUGUUCUCUUUGAACACUGCAGACGAAGUAUUCAGCACUCUACCUGAGCAAACGCCCCGAAGUCAUUCUCCUGCCCAACUUCACAAAGCAGUAUGGGUGGAAACACACCUGGGACCGGAGGAGGAAGAGGCAAGGGAGGGGGAGGAAGAGAGGGAUAUAGUGAAAGAAGAGGAGGAGGGCUUCAGAGUAGACUCGCCUCCCGUGCUGGCUAUACCUGUCACGGUCAUUCCUGAGGAAGAUUUUGUUACUCAGGACGCUGCUGACGGCUUCUCUACCCCCUCAGAGACUCAACCUACUUCUGGUAGCUUGCCAGAGUCAGACAUCGCCUUGGCGGUGACUUCAGAGGAGUUACAAACAAAGUUGGAGCAGACAGAGGAGCCCGACACUGGCACGCAUCCAAAACAAAGUUCACCUCAGGAGAGACACAAAUUAAGAGACAUACGUGUGACGCGCAAGACGGUGAACCUGCCCUCCAAACAUAAAGUCUUUGCCCAGAAGGUGUACAUCAGCCCGGAGUCAAGUUUGGAUGAGAAUGAAGAGGCAGAAGAGGACAGCAGCAGAGAUUCAACUUCAAAGACUUCGGACACAACAGAAGUGAAACCGUCUGAACCGCCAAGCCUCCAAAACAACAAUGUGGACCUUCAGGAAGCCGACCUGGGACCGCGUCCAACAACAGACGAGACAGCUCCCCCUGACGGAACUACUCCUGAAUCCAUAGUUAAAGAAAUAACAAACUCUGAGGCCUCUGAAUUGGAUGAUAUCUCUUCAACCUCAGACAUGUACAGAACAAAGUUACAGAUGGAGGGGUCUGUGGUAGGAGGUAGAGCGACUGACCAGGCUUCACCCUCGAGACGAGGGGUUAAAGCAGCAGCCGAGAGCCAGCAUACCACAGCAAGUGGAGCAAAGACCCCAUCCACAGCGGCCGGUAGCAGGGCCAAAAAUGUGACAACAAAGGCGAAGGCCUCCACGGAGAGCACAAGAGUGGGGACUUUCAGUGAUAUGUUACCUCAGAGGGAGCAGGGCAGUGAUAAAACUGUUUCUUUGUCACCAACAUUAAAAGAACAAAGCAGCGGUAUUCCCUUGAGUGCAGCAAGUUCAAGGUCUAAAAUCCCCAAGAGGUCAACAUCAGAGGCCGAUGUGAAAUCACCAACAACACCAGAUAAAACAUCAGGGACUGAAGUCACAUCCAAACUGCAGAAAAUACCCAGAAGCAAAGAAGCUCUGAGGUCUCCGGUUACUCAAACCAGAGCUGGAAGGAUACCAAGCUUUGAAGAGGGCAAGGCAGGGAAGGCUUUGUCAGGAGACGUUUCUCCUACGAAGACAAAGAUAGGAAUAAAGCAUCUAAAGGAAAAGCCAGACGAGGACAGUGACUCAACAAACCUGGUGAACGGCAUCGAGAGAGACCGCGAGGAGAGUAAGAUUAAAAUAGCGUCCCCGACUGAAAAGGAGAGCCCAGACGUCAAGAAGCGAGGGCAAAGCCACGUCGAGGGGAACGCCUCGCCUAAAACUCGGUUACCAAUUUCAUCUCCAGCAAGAAAGAGGAAUAUGAACAUCACUCUUUCAAGUGAAACUACCAAUAAGAAGAUUAUAGACUCAGACAGACAGAAGAAGAGUCCAGAGCAUCAAGACGGGACUCAUGAUGAGAGACCGGGGAGUGAAACGCCACCUCCGCUCCCUGAGAGUCCCAAGAGAGGAAGCAUGCUGUCUCCGAGAUCAACCAAACGCUUCUCCAAAAGCAGCAUCAGCCGUGAAGACAGUCAUUCACCAACACUGCGAGCCUCUCCGACUCCAGCAAGGCAAGAGAGAGCCGUCUCAUCGAGGCUCGCCAAACCCCCCAAAAGUCCAGGUAAAGAUUCAUCUGAGCCCUCAUCGCCUGUUAGCAAGCUCCCAACAAGAGGACAGAAGAGCUCCAACAAAGUCAGGACCAGAAGGCUGUCUUCAGGUGAGAGCUCUGCGACCACACCCACGUCCAAACAGAACGGCAAUACAGAGGAGGACGUCUCAGCUGAUCAACUGAAGGACAACUCAAGUGUGUCCACGGAGGACGAGGAGCACACCACAAAACCCAGAGGCAGUCCGUCCAGAAGCAGAGACAUCAGACUGAGAGGUAGAGAGGGGAAGGACUUAAAGGAGGGCAAGAGGAGUCCUUCAUCUAAAGACAUUUCAAAAAGUCGACCCGUGCAAAACAAUGCAGAGAAAUCUCCAGCAGAGGUCACAGACUCGGGAGAUAAAGAAUCCUCUGGAAGUGAAGCUGUCAAAACAAGUCCAUCUGAAUCACCUGUUGCUGGUGUUAAUAAUGCAGACAGCCUGGACGGACAGACUGAGACCAAACUACAGGUAAAGGUUCAGUCUCCAUCCAAAAUAUCAACUCACAUUAAAAGCAGCAAAACCAAAGAAGAAGAAGAGAACACAGAUUCUUCAAAAAAGACGUGCACAGCAGACGUAAAAGAAAAAGACGCUAAAGAGACAAAACAGCUGAUUGGUAACAAAACACCAGAAACAAUCCAGGUGAGAGGAAUCGCAGAGCCAAACUCUGCAGAGCCGGAUCAGGAAACAAUGCAGGCUCAGAAGGAUGUAAGUGAUACGCCUGCCACGCCUGCAGGGGAUGACAGCAUCCGCGAUGACAUAAUGACCAGCUCUGAUCAGGCAGGUGUGGAGCCUGGUAGUGUUUCUCUUGAAAAAACAAGUAAGGUCACUCCUAGCAGAUUAAAAACCGAAGGAAGUCCGGACUCUAAAGACCAAGACGCUGAGCUAAAAGUCGCACUUUCAACCUCUGCUGUUGCUGUUUCGAUUGAUUCUAAUCUACCAAGUAAAGAACAGCAGAAAGAGUUACAGAGUGACACCAAAGCUCUCAAAAAAGGUCUCACACACAGUGAAAAAUCUGCAGAAGAAUUCAAGGUAGAGAAGAAAGCUAAAGAGGAGGCUGGAAGGAAAGCAGUCGAGGGUUUGGACAGUCAAACAGAGACUGUGGCUGUUUGUGAGCUUCCAAAGAAUGUCGAAAAUCAGCCGGACAAAGAGCCUCUUUUACCAUCAGGAGAGGCUGAAAAACAGGAGAAAGACUCCAAACUAAACGAGGGGCUGAAUGAGGCAUCAGUGGAAAGCAGUGAGUCACAGAACAGUGGCAAGAAAGAGCUCCAGGCUAUAACCAUCAGGAAUAAAGACGUUAUAAAACCAGUGAAACCAACACAGCCGUCAUCAGAGGAGAAAUGUUUACAGCCUGAAUCAGAGGACGAACCAGAGUCAGCAGCUACAGACACGCUGAAAGAGAAGAAGACAGGGGCAGAGGAAGGAGGAAGUGCGCUGUUACAAAAGGAAGCCAGUGUGGUCGAAACAAAACAAGAAUGUGCAGUCCUCUUAAAAAAGAAUGCAGAGGCUGGAAACAAGGGGACAGAGCCGCAGAUUAAAGUAUUAACAGAAGCCAAAGCAACUCUUACUAAAGAAGAGGAGGUGAAAACGAGUGGAUCAAAUCAGGACAAACACGCUGACGCUGUGAAGGAGAGUCAAACUCCUGGACUGAAAGACGUGGGCACAAAAACUGAGAGUGAAACAAAGGAGUCAUCGCUGAAGAGUGUGGGGAACAAGGCUGCAGGAGCUACUGCUAACGUUGGAGUGAGCAUUCAACAAGAUAGGAAGAAGUCUGUGGAUAUUAAAGACCAACAUGAGGACUUAAAACCAGAGAAGAUUAAAUCUAAAGCUGUACAGAAACCUGAGAUGGAGACGGCGUCAGAAAGUGGAGCACCAAAAAAGUCUCUAAAAGCAGAAGCAGAGGCAGCAAGCAGUGAAACCAAGAGGACUGAUGGCGCCAAGGAAGAAGCUGAAACGAAGGAGUCAGCGCAGAAGAGUGUGGCGAACAAGGCUGCAGGAGCUACUGCUAACGGUGAAGUAAGCAUUCAACAAGAUAAGAAGUCUGUAGAUGUUAAAGCUGAACAGAAACCAGAGACAGAGAAGACAUCAGAUAGUGGAGCUCCACAAAAGUCUCUCAAAGCAGAAGCAGAGGCAGCAAGCAGUGAAACCAAGAGGACUGAUGGCGCCAAGGAAGAAGCUGAAACGAAGGAGUCAGCGCAGAAGAGUGUGGCGAACAAGGCUGCAGGAGCUACUGCUAACGGUGAAGUAAGCAUUCAACAAGAUAAGAAGUCUGUAGAUGUUAAAGCUGAACAGAAACCAGAGACAGAGAAGACAUCAGAUAGUGGAGCUCCACAAAAGUCUCUCAAAGCAGAAGCAGAGGCAGCAAGCAGUGAAACCAAGAGGACUGAUGGCGCAGAAGAAGAAGCUGAAACAAAGGAGUCAUCGCUGAAGAGUGUGGCGAACAAGGCUGCAGGAGCUACCACAAAUGGUGAAGUUAACAUUCAGCAAGAUAAGAAGUCUGUAGAUGUUAAAGCUGAACAGAAACCAGAGACAGAGAAGACAUCCGAUAGUGGAGCUCCACAAAAGUCUCUCAAAGCAGAGGCAGGGAGCAGUGAAACCACGAGGACCGAUGAUGCCAAAGAAGAAGCUGAAACAAAGGAGUCAUCAGGGAAGAGUAAGAGUGAAGUUAGCAAACAAGAAAACCAUGAGUCCAAAACUACUGGAGACAAAGAAGGGGAUACAACCAAACCAGCUAAAUCCAAGAGCCCAACAGUUAACGAUGAACAGAAACCAGAGGCAGAGAACAUGUCAGAUAGUGGAGCUCCACAAAUUGAUAAAACUCUUAAAGCAGAGGCAGCGGGCAGUGAAACCAAGAGGACUGAUGGUGCUAAAGAAGGAGCUGAAACAAAGGAGUCAAACCUUGAGUCCAAAACUACUGGAGACAAAGAACGGGAUACAACCAAACCAGCUAAAUCCAAGAGCCCAAAAGUUAAAGAUGAACAGAAACCUGAGGCAGAGAAGACGUCAGAAAGUGGAGCUCCACAAAUUGAUAAAACUCUUAAAGCAGAGGCAGCGAGCAGUGAAACCAAGAGGACUGAUGGUGCUAAAGAAAGAGUUGAAACAAAGGAGUCAAACCUUGAGUCCAAAAGUACUGGAGACAAAGAAGAGGAUACAACCAAACCAGCUAAAUCCAAGAGCCCAAAAGUUAACGAUGAACAGAAACCACAGACAGAAAAAGUUCAGUCCGAGACAACAGAGAGCCAAGUUCCACAAGUGGACACAGCUCAAGCAGUUAACAGUAAAACCCAGACUUCUAAAGCCGAGGAUGAAACGAAGUUACAAGGAAAAAAAUCCCUCAAAGAGGAGGUCACUUCAAAACCAGAGAAGAACAGAUCUACAAAGUUAAACAGUCCGAAUGUGAACAGGAAGCAGCCUGAGACAAGAAAAACUCCAGAGAAGAAACCAGAGAGCAAAGUUUUACAAAAAGAAACAACACAAGAAACCAAGACUCAAGUCACUCCUGCUAAAGGGGACGUCAGCAUCCAGCCGGACCAGAAAACUGUUAAAGUCCAAGAAAAGGAGCAAGCUACAGACAAGUCAACAAAAUCCAAACUCCCAAGAAGUAAAGCAGAGCAGAAACCAGAGUUGGAAGCAACUCAGAAGAAGACGACAGAAAGCAAAGCUCCACACGUGGAUUCAACUCAAAAACUAAAGACUGUCAGCGAUGAAACCAAAGGAGAUACUAAAGAGAAGACUCAAACUAAGGAUGCAUCACCAAAGAGUUUGAAGAAGAAGACUGUAGUUACAAAAGCUGACAGUAAAGUCAGCAUCAAGCAGGAUCAGAAAACAAAAGAUCAAGAUGAUGACAAGAAGAAAGAAGAAGUGAAAUCACCUGUAGUGAAGGAGGAGAAAGCAGCACCUGAGACUGAUGAGAAACAGGAACACAAAGACACUAAAGAGGUCGUUACAGGUGAAAAUAAAGUGACCAAACAGGAAGAUUUGAAACAGGCUUCGAAGAAAGAUCUCAAACAGGAGGCUGCAACCAUCGUUGUCAAAGAUGCAUCGAGUAAAAAGGUUGCUGAGCAAAAAGAGAAGCAAGAAAAAGUUGGUAAAAGUUCAGAUGCUCAGAAGCCGGAUGAAGACACUAAAGAGAGACCCAAAGUUCAGAAGCAGGAGCUUCAGACGAAACAACAAGAGAAACCUGUAAACCUCAGCGACCCGAUAAAGCCUGCGAGACCGGCAGUCAGCGGCAGUUUGACUCGGUCUGCGACAGUGAAGCCAACUUCUCCGACUCAGCUGAAGACUGAAUCUCCAUCCAGCUGGUUGGACGUGGAACACAACCAGAAACAGAAAAAAGAGCAGAGGAGGAGACUGGAGUCUUCAGCCAGUGAGGAUGAAUCUCUGGAGCCUGACGACAUCGACGAUUUCAUCAGGAGCAUCAAGGAGGGCAGCGUUCCUUUCUCGAUACCUCCGAGGAGGCGCAUACGGAGACAUUCGCCGUCUCCGCCUUUCGCGAUGCCGGCCAUCAGGGAGGAUCAUUUUGAGAAGGCGUUCGAUCCAGAGGAGUUCCAGUUCGGUCUGGGAUCAAGCGGUAGAAAUUUAAGGGACUCUUCUCCCGCUAUGGUGAUCAAACAGAAAGCAGCGCAAAGAAAAGGACGCUCCCUGGACAGGCUGUCACAGGCCGCCGAGGAGCUCGCAUCGAUUGAUCAAAUGGAAACACUUGAUGAAGUGGAGGGGAAAGAUGAAGUCAAAGAUUUGGAACAAGAGGAGAAACAAAACAAUGGAGAAGAGCCGUGGAGGCCGAAGUCACGCCUUGAGAGGAUGUCCAUCCUCUCCGGCCUUCUGAGCUCCCCUCGGUCCUCCAGGAAGACCAAAGAGGAAGCUACAUCCGCCUCUAACAGCACACUAACAUCCAACCUGCCCUCACGUGCAGAACAGGGAGUUGCUGAUUUACCCCUAUCUGGCAUUGGAGCAGAUAAGAAGGGUGUGAAAGGCUCACAUGUGGGUGUAUGUACAGCCGGUGAGUCAGUACUUGGCCACUCCUCUCCUCCUCCUCCUGUUCCUUCGUUCUCAGAGAUAAAGCUGCCGGAUCAUUUAGAGAAAUACAUCAACAUGAACAAGGGGGAGUCUGAGACCUCUGAGGGAUCCACUGAGACACCCAAACUGAGCCCUAUGGAGAGCCCUGAGACUGAGACGGACCAGACCGCAGCAGAAGAAGGACCCAAAGUUGAGGUGGGCUUGCCGGGGCCUGUUGAACUUCCUCCACCCAACAACUCCAUCCAGCAGACUUCUAGAAGCAGACUCUCCAAGACUAAGAUUCCUGCAGUUAGAGGUUUCCAUAAAAGACCUGGAAAGAUAUUUGUACACGAAGAAGUUCAUUUUGGAGGGGAAGCGUUCGAACUUAAUGGCGAUGUGGAGGAUGCCACCACGAUGAAGCUCUCUCCUGUGAUCUCAGUCAGAGUCAUCAGAGGAUGCUGGCUCCUCUACGAAAAACCUGGUUUCCAGGGUCGUGUCAUCGCCCUGGAGGAGGGUCCCACAGACCACAUCGUGAACAUGUGGGCAGAGGAGGGCGCUCCGACGGCUUUAGAUGAGAUGGGUCAGCCUGUACCGACAACGCCUAUGGUCAUCGGCUCGAUCCGACUCGCCGUCAGGGACUACAGCGUACCUCGGAUUGACUUGUACACAGAGGUCAACGGGAUGGGCAGGAUGUCAUCUUACUGCGACGACACUGUGGAGAUUGGCUCCUACGCGAUGCCGCAGACCACAGGCUCCCUUAAAGUCCACUCUGGAGUCUGGCUGGUGUACACGGAUCCAGGGUUUGGAGGAUUCGUGGGCGUGCUGGAGGUCGGGGAGUAUCCCUGCCCAGAGGCCUGGGGUUUCCCUCAGCCCUUCAUCGGGUCUCUCAGACCUCUCCGAAUGGGGGUAAUAAAGGUGGAGCAUCCUUACGAAGUCAAGGCCUUGCUGUUUGAGAAGCCUAACUUUGAAGGAGAGAGCAUAGAGGUCGACUGCGACGUGUACGACCUUCAGGAGGAGUCCGAAGAAGAGAGCAAGCAGAAGAAGACGUUGCCUUCAGUGGGCUCUGUGAAGAUACUGGGUGGUCUCUGGGUCGGCUAUCAGGACUUGGACUUUGAGGGCCAGCAGUACAUCCUGGAGGAGGGCGAGUAUCCUCACUGCAGCGACUGGGGAGGAGCUGAGGACGGGUUCCUCUCUCUGCGGCCUGUAUGCACAGACUCCUUGUCGCCUCACGCCAAACUCUUCAGCGAUCCGCACUUCAACGAACUCGGGCUCAGCAUGGACCUGCUGGGCCCCGUCUUCAACAUGGAUAUGGGCUACGGACAUAAAACCCAGUCUGUCAACGUCAUGGGUGGAGUGUGGGUGGGCUUCGAGAACCCUGGAUUCAACGGGGAACUCUACAUCCUGGAGAGAGGACUGUACACAUGCCCUGAAGACUGGGGAGCCCAGAACCCAAAGAUCUCAUCCAUACAACCUGUCUUCCAGGACCCUCUGAUGGGAACACCAAAGUUCAAGGUGAAGCUGUAUUCUGAGCCGGACUUCCAAGGACAGCUGGUGACGCUGGAGGAGAGCGCAGAAGCUCUGGAUGAGGACUUUGUUCCCAGGUCCUGUAAGGUGCAGGCUGGCAGCUGGGUGGCGUAUAAAGGAUCCCAGUUCACAGAGAACAUGUAUGUGCUGGAGGAAGGUGACUACCCCAACACAGAGGCCAUGGGCUUCAUAUCAACAGACUGCACCAUCCGCUCCAUACAGACUGCUGGACAUGAGCUCUCUCUGCCCUCCAUCACUCUGUUCAGUAAGGAGGGCUGCAGAGGUCGCAGGAUGGUGUUUGGGAAAGGAGCUGUGAACCUGCUGCAGGUCGGCCUGAAUGCACGCAUACGCUCCCUGGUGGUGGAAGGAGGACUGUGGGUGUUGUAUGAAAGCAGUAACUACUGUGGUCGACAGCUGCUCAUACAGCCAGGCGAAGUGCUCGACUUAUUCAAGAUCAAUGGCUGGCAGCGGACAGGAUCCCUACGUCCGUUAAUGCAGAAGCCGAUGUUCUUCCGGCUGAAGAACAGGGAAACAGGAUGCCCGAUGUCGCUGACGGGAGCUCUGGACGACAUCAAGCUGAUGAGAGUUCAAGCUGUGGAGGAGACCGGAGGAAUGGAGCAGAUCUGGCACUAUCGGGACGGGCAGCUUACCUGCAAGCUGGUGGAGGACUGCUGUCUGGAGACCGCAGGCAGCAUGGUGAUGGCGGGCUGCCGGCUCUGCGUUUCACCAGAGAGAGGGAAGAUCAACCAAGUGUGGAACAUCACUGCAAACGGCCUGGUGCGCUGUCACGUCAAACCUGACCUGGUCCUGGAGGUCAAAGGCGGUCAGCAGUAUGACAGGAACCAGGUGAUCCUCAACACCUUCGACGAGAGGAAACUCAACCAGAGGUGGACUUUAGAGAUCCUGUGACCUAAUCGGAGUCUCAGCUCUCCUCACAGCCCCCUCCUGCUGCUCCGCCAUGGGCCCUGAGCCCUGUGACGCAGCUCCACUGCAGCACUCACACCAUAGAGGUGGACCCAGGAUGGGGUUUUUUUUGCAAACACUGCACUCUUUUGUAGUAUUUUCACUCUUGUUCAGGAGUGUAACUUUUGACUUGAUGCACAUUAGAUCCAGCACUAAGAUCUGAUUUCAGGAGAUUAUUUUUAGACACUUGAUCUUGAACCAAAGACUUGUUCCCUCCUCUAUGUUGUCACCGUACGUGGUGAGAACUCAGCCCUGUCUCAAUGCUGCUUUUUCCUUCAUGGUACUUUUCUUCUGCAGGGGUCCAGUGUCUGCUCUUCAGUCAUGAUGUUGGCAUACAUGAAUGUAUUCUUUGUACCGACAGCUGCAAUAUGAAGUGUGACGUGCCUUCACUCCAAAGAUCUCUGUAGAAUAAUUCUUCUGUAAAGUUUUUGAUAUCUUUUAGAGUUUUAUAGGUUUUUAACUUUUUAUGCAAACUCUUCUUUAUGGCUUUAGUUUGUAUAAAAACAAAGUGUAUAGAUUUAAGUUUCACAGCUUCCUUAAAGAAAUCUGCUCCCUGCUGACUGUAAAUAUGUGAAUGUAAAAGAGAAAACUGUUACACAUGAUAAUAAUAAAAGACAUGAUUUUAUUUCUUGCAUCUUUUUUUUAAUAAAAGUCUUCCUUUAGA